CGUAAAAGCCGCCCUGCGCAGGGCCUCCGUUCGCGCCUUGGUCCGAUGACCUUGGCUCGAUGGAGUUACUGUGUAUGACUGUAGUAAUGACAGACGCCAAUGUAAAGAGAUAGGGUGCCGAACGCGCGAGUUCAGCGUCAUACAUAGCGCGAGUUCAGGCCCGAGUUGCAACUCAGCUCGAGUCCUUGCUUUCUAAGCGCGCUUCCAUAAGUUUACUGAUAUGACUAUGCGUGCAUUUAAUCGUCGGCUGCCUGGCUGCUUUCUUUACGGCCUUUGGAAUUGUUUCGACGCCGGCCCCGCCAGCUGGCUGCAGCUGCCACCGCCCGCGCCUUCGCCGCACCCGCUGACCACGUAUGUGCGCACAUGUCUACUUGACACCUGCGCCAACGAUGUCGCCGACGCGUUUGGCAGUAGCGUGGCCGCGCGCACGCUCACGCUGCGGCAGGCCCUCCUCAUUGCCUCAGUAUGCGAGUUCAGCGGCAGUGUGUUGCUGGGCCGGGAGGUGACCCGCACGGUGGCGGGCGGCAUCGCGCGGCUGACCGCCUUCGACUGUGCGCCGGAGCUGUACAUGUGGGUUUCAGGGCGUCCCGCCCCUGCCCGCGCGCUCCUGCAAGUUCGGCAUGCUGUGUGCUCUGACUGCCUCGGGCGUGUGGCUGCUACUGGCCACCUAUCUCAGUGAGCGGCAGCAGCUUGGGACGGGGAGGGGGGGGGGGCAG